GAUCUUUUCAAAUACUUUUUCAAUGGAUAAAUCUUGAAUUCGAUUGCCAAGGAACAUAAAUGAAUAUUUGUUUGGUUUGAAUUAAUUUUUAGAUUUUGCAUUUUAAAAUGGAGCUAUAGAAGAUAGAAUAAAAUGUCCAUGCCCUAAAUGUGGUUUUGUGAAGUGGUUGACUAGAGCGAUAGUGUUCGAUCAUUUAAUCUGCAAGCCAUUCCUUUAAGAUUAUGUCACUUGGGUUUUUCAUGGCGAAAUAAAUGUGUUGUAGAACUUUAAUAACAUAGAGGUCACUCAAGAUACACUACUUGCCGAAAAUCCAGUGGACUUAUUGAUUAAUGAAGCAUUUCAGGGCUUAAGACAUGAGGAUAUUGAUGUAGGUUCAUCAUAAGCAGGGAGAGAAGAAGAAAUGUUAAAUGAUAUGCCUGCUUCAAAUAGUAAAAACUUUUUUGAGUUGCUUAGAGAUGGAAGUCAAGAAUUGUAUGAAGAUUCCAAGUACUCAAAGCUAGAGUUUUUGUUAAAGUUGUAUCAUAUAAAGAGUUUGUCUGAGCUAAGUGACAAGGGAAUGACUAUGAUACUAGAUCUAUUGGGAGAUGCAUUUAACUUUGCAAGUAUCUCUGAUUCUUUUUAUGAUGCCAAGAAAACCAUUAAAAAACAUUGUCUUGAUUAUAUAAAGAUAGAUGCUUGUCCAAAUGACUGCAUGUUGUACUGGGGAGAUGAUGCUAAUGAAGAAACAUGCAAGUAUUGUCACAUAUCUAGAUGGAAGCCUAAUGAGAGGGACAACAAUCAUCGCGUGCCUACUACAAGUAAGAAGAAGAAAAAAAAGCCUGCAAAAAUUUUGCGUUACUUUCCACUAAAACCAAGGUUGCAGAGAUUAUUCAUGUGUUUUAAGACUGCAGAGCAUAUGAGAUGGCAUGUAGAGGAUAGUAACAAAGAUGGAAUAAUGAGGCAUCCUAGAGAUGGUGAGGCAUGGAAGAGGUCUGAUACAAUCUUUCCUGAAUUUGCUUCUGAUCCCCGAAAUGUUCGAUUAGGCCUAGCUAGUGAUGGUUUCAAUCCUUUUGGAACGAUGAGUACUAAUUAUAGUAUUUGGCCUGUGGUUUUGGUUCCAUACAAUCUUCCACCUUGGUUGUGCAUGAAGCAACCAAAUUUCAUCCUCUCAAUGAUCAUUCUAGGUCCACGUACGGCGGAUAAUAAUAUAGAUGUAUACUUACAAACCCUUAUUAAGGAGUUGAAUAUGUUGUGGUAUAAGGGUGUGGAAACUUGUGAUUCAUCGAAGAAUGAAAUGUUCAAUAUGCGAGCAGCUCUUAUAUGGACAGUCAGUGAUUUUUCUGGACUUGAUAUCUUAUCUGGUUGGAACACACAUACUGGUUUGGCAUGCCCCUCUUGUAAUUUUGACGCAGAACCUUGUCGACUUACUCACAGUAGAAAAAUGGUGCUUUAUUGGUCAUUGUCGAUUUUUGGCAAGAAAUCACAAAUUUAGAUUGAUGAGGCAUCGUUUUUUUGGAGAUGUGGAGGAGAGGAAUCCGCUGAGGAAGUUAUCGGGGUCAGACAUUUUGCAACAAGUGAAAGAAAUCGAUGUUACAUUUGGAAGGCCAGUAGAGUUGAAUGCUAGAAAGAAAAGAAAUAGACAAAGAAAAGAUGGGGAAGGUGCAACCCGGCAGUGGAGAAAAAAAAAGCAUAUUCUUCAAUCUUCCAUAUUGGGAAUUCAACUCGUUGUGCCAUAAUUUGGACGUCAUGCACAUCGAGAAGAAUGUGUUUGACAAUAUUAUAUACACUUUGCUAAUGGAUAAAGACAAAUCAAAGGAUCAUGUUAAGGCUCAAAAAGAUCUACAAGAUAUGGGCAUAAGACGUGAUCUUUGGCCAGAUGAGAAGGAAAAUUGUCGCCUUGCUGCAUUUGCAAUUCCAAAAGAGAAGAGAGUCACCUUCCUUAAAACAUUAAAGAAUAUUUCGGUGCCGGAUGGUUACUCAAAUAAUAUCUCUGAUUGUAUUGAUCUGGAUCAGAAGAGGAUCUUCGGAUUAAAAAGUCAUGAUUGUCACAUCAUCAUGGAACAAUUGUUGCCUGUUGCAAUUCAAAAUGUGCUUCCCAAUGAGGUUGUCGGAGUCUUGGUAGAGCUUUCUUCCUUUUUUAGAAAUCUUUGUUUGAAAAGUUUGAGCCUAUCUGACCUAGAGAAGCUACAAGAUCAGAUUGUACUCACACUUUGUUACUUAGAGAUUUUGUUCCCUCCAUCUUUCUUCACUGUCAUGGUUUAUUUAACUAUCCAUCUAGUAGAUGAAGUGAUACAAGGUGGUCCAGUACAUUAUCGAUGGAUGUAUUUUGUUGAAAGGGAACAAAGCACAACCAGAAGGUUCCAUUGCUGAAGGUUAUAUUGUUGAAGAAGCUCUGACUCUCUGUUUUCGUUAUUUGGAGGGUAUCGAGUCAAGGAUAAAUAGUCCUAAACAUGUAAACGAUGAGCUAAAUCAUAAUAAGACUUCUGAAAUAUCAUCUUUGGUCCCUCAGCAAGGUAAACCUAUUGGAGGCUCCACAAUAUUUCCCUUAUCUCCUUUGGAGAAGACUCAAGCUCAUCGAUACGUGUUACUUAAUUACGAAGCAGUGAAACCAUUUAUUGAUGAAUUUAGGAACCACAUUAAAAGAAAUUUAAGGGGUCGAAGACCUUUUGCAACAGAGGUAGAGAGAAGAGUUAGUAAAGAGUUUCCUGAUUGGUUUUCAAAAUGAAUCAUGAAUCCAGAUAUAGCAAACACAAUAUCUACUAAUUUGGAGUUCUUAGCACGAGGUCCAAUGCCAGACGCAAGAAGAUAUGCCAAGGGCCAAGCGUUACCAAAACUUGCAAAAAUCAGUUCAACCAGCAUCUACUUCACAAGGUGUAGCACAACCUUUAUCAACAACUGAAUCAACACCUUCACAUCUUGAUAAUACACCGCAGUUGGUAUCAUUUUUUCAACCGACACCUUCAGUCCAGGUCGCAGCACAUCAGACUGCAUCAGUUAGGACAACAUCACAGUCGGCCCCGUCAGUUCGGGCUGCAGCACAGCCAAGUCAUUCGGUUCAUGCCACAUCACAGCCGUCAAUUCGGGCUGCAGCACAACCGACUUAUUCAGUUCAAGCCACAUCACAAUUGGAUCUAUCAGUACAGGCAGCAUCACGGCCGACACAAUCCAAAAAGCGUCCUAGACGUGAGUGUUCGCAACAUUGGACAGUUGAUGCAAUAGAUUCGCAAGGAGCUACCAAGAAACUCAAAGUAAAGGUUAAGGAUGUGAUGUAUUUAUCCGACGAAAAAUGUAUUGUGGUUGAAUUUGAUGAUAUGGAUCAGCCAAUUGGAGAAAGGCAAGGUGUUCUUGCAGGCUUUUGUGGAAUUUUAGCAACCGACUGCUCCUUAUUUCCAAUUCAUUUCAACAAAUGGCCAGAUUUACCUAAGUCAUACUUCAAUUGUUGCUUUGAUCGAAUUAUAAAGGAAAAAAUUGAGCUAGUUGUAAGUCAAAGCGCCACAGAUGAGUCUGAAGUUUCACCAAAUGAUGUUGUUGGUAAGGUGCUAGGAAAAGAGCAUUCUGGAAGGGUGAGGUGCUUGGGGUUAGGAGCUAUCCCGAGUAAAGUUUUUAGACAAACAAGACGUCAUUUUGGAGAUAUAAAUUCUUCCAGUUGUGAUAAUGGUUCAUGUUCGUCCAAACGCGAAGAGAAGUACAAUCAGAUUGUAAAUGCUCACAAUCAAAGCCAAGAAAAGUACAAUCGGAUUGUAAAUGCUCACAAUCAAAGCCAAGAGAACUAUGCUCAAAUGAUGACUGCACACCACCAAAUGAUGAAUGCUUUCAAGACAUAUAUGAUUAUGAAAGAAGGGACAAUACCUCAACAGUUUGCUGGGAUUUUCGUUUCUCCUCCUCCGGCAGCGCCAAGUGAUGCAUCUAGCGGAUCCAUUUCACCUAUGGUCGUAAGAGGAUCAUCUAGUAAUAGUAAUCUUAAUGAAAAUUAUUGAAUUUCUUUGCAAAUGUAAUAGAUGAUUAAGUAUGAUACUUUACUUGAAUGGUUGAACUAGAUAUUUUGUGUUUAAGUUUAGUUUUUGAGAUUAAUGACAA